AUAUAUGUCACUCCAGCCCAGCCCGGCCCGGCCCAUUAUCAGAGAAACUGACUGUGGGGUCACUCGUCAUCAGAGGGCGAACCAGACCACAAAUCUGACGGCACCUCUCUCAAUCAACAAAAAGAAAAGAAAAAACAAAUCCUCUUGCUCUCGCCCCGGCCGGCCGUCGUUCCCCAUUCCCUCGCCGCCGGCGCCACCGCGCCGCUGCCUACAGCACUACGCCAUGCUCCGCCUGCACAAGCAUAUCCUCGCCCAUCUCCUCUCUUCUCCAGCCACCUCUCUCCGCCGCCUCAUCUCCGCCGCCGCGCCCGCCAUCUCCUCAAGCACCGGCUUCGCCGUGGAGGAGUACCUCGUCUCCACCUGCGGUCUCACCCGACCCCAGGCCCUCAAGGCCUGCCCCAAGCUCUCCCACCUCAAGUCCCCCGCCAAUCCCGACGCCGUGCUCGCCCUCCUCGCCGGCCUCGGCCUCUCCACCACCGACAUCGCCCCUCUCGUCGCCAGGGACCCGCUGCUCCUCUGCGCCCAAGUGGAGAAAACCCUGGUCCCCAACGUGGCGGGGCUCACCGGCCUCGGUCUCUCGCCUUCGGAGGUCGCACGCCUCGUCUCGCUCUCCCGUAAAAGCUUCCGCUAUAGAUCCAUCGUCUCCAAGCUGCACUACUACUUGCCUCUCUUUGGGUCCUCUGAGUACCUCCUCCGGGCCCUCAAGAGGAACUUCUACCUUCUCUCCGCUGACCUCGACGAUGUGGUUAAGCCCAAUGUCGCUUAUCUGCGGGAGUGCGGGCUAGGUGCUUGUGAUAUUGCCAAGCUAUGCAGCCGUCAACCAUCGCUUCUCACCGCCAACCUGGAGCGUGUCCAGGCGAUGGUGGAAUGCGCUGAAAACAUAGGUGUGCCCCGUGCCUCUCGGAUGUUCAGGCAUGCGAUGCACGCUGUUGCAUUUCUCAGUGAGGACAAGAUCGCAGCUAGGGUGAACUACUUGAAGAACACCUUCAGGUGGACGGAUGCUGAGGUAGGCAUGGCUGUUUCUAAGGCUCCAUUGGUGCUGGCGAGGUCCAAGGAGUCGCUGCAGCGCAGGUCUGAGUUCCUCCUCUCCGAGGUGGGCUUGGAACCGGUGUACAUUGCUCAACGGUCGGAAAUAAUCGGUCACAGCCUGGAGGGCCGGCUCAGGCCCCGGUACUAUGCUGUGAAGUUUCUCAAGGAGAAUGGAUUGCUCAAGCGUGACCCAAACUACAGUACCGUUUGCAAGAUGAGUGAGAAGGCAUUCAGGAAGAAGUUCAUAUUCCCUCACAAGGAGGCUGCACCGCACCUCACAGAAGACUACGAUGCCGCUUGCAAGGGGGACGUGCCGACUAAUUUCAGAUUCACAUAAGCCAAGACGGGCUAUGAUGUAAUUGGGUGCUGGUUGUAUGACUGUUAGAUGCUGGGUUGGUCAUUGCUAACGUGUGAUGGAAUUGAUAAUUUGAUCCCCAAAUACUGUUCAUAGUGGAUGAUUGGAGGAUGAAUCUGAUGCAUGUCCCAUAUUUAGAGACUGCAGGUGUGCUGAACGUGGAUGUAGAUGGCGCUUUUUCCUUCUUCCAGGAAACGAAGUGAAACAUGGUGGCUAUGGCUUUGCUGUAUUAUAGUGCAUGGAUUCUCAAGACCCUGUUAGGUGAUGAUGCCUUGAAGCUUCAGUGAUAAUAAUGGCUUGACAGUGGCACAGGUUCUAUUCAGGGAAGCUCCUACUUUUCUCUUUUUUGAAUUAUGCAAGGUGAGUAAUCCUCCUAGUAUUGUACUAUUGAUAUGAAUAAACUAGCAUCUGGUACUUUAAUCGUUUUUUGCAUUUUGCUGGAUCUUUACUUGGAUGCAAACAGUUUGUACGAGUCACACAUGCAUGUAAACCGUAUGCAUUAUGGAAAUUUUGUACUCUGAACUCUGAAUUUGGAUCAGAGCUGAACGUUAACUCUGAAUCUUUCAGACUCCAUGUGAACUCUGAAAUUUAUUAUACCCAAUUCUAGUGUAAAGCUAUAAUAAGCAGUUAAAAAUCUUUCAGGAGCCAAGUUAGCUUGAAUCAGAGCAGAAAGUUAACAGCAAUGCUGCCAGAUGCUAACAGGCAAAACCUUUUAUGUACGAUUCACUUCAGACUCUUCAGAGCCACAACUAUUAUACUGAGAAGAGUAUCAACAUUUUCUAUUAUCACAGCAGCAUCGGUAUGACAAGAGUUCUUAUGUUUUCAGAACGUUGGGACUGGGCUUAGCUAGUUAUGAUCAGAAAUCACUUUCUUAUCUUAAGUACAUCAGUGAAAUGCAUAUUUUCAUAGAGGUUCACCAAAAGCGAAAUGUCAUUUUUAUAGUAUCACCGUCAGCAGAUAAAACUGUUUUACCUUGAAGUGCAUAGUCUAUGUUUAGUAUCUAAAAAAUGUAUUGAAGGCAUGUGAUGAAAUCCAAGUGCAAAUGCUAGCUGAUUUGCAUCAUUCUUAUUUUCUGGAAUCUAUUUCUCCAACAUUUAAUGCCUAUUCAUUUAGAGUAGAUAAAUAAGCUUCACAAGUGAACUUACUGCAUGAAGGCAAUCUGGUGACAGUUGAUAAUAAAAUACAGCUCCUGAAUUAAUCCCAAAAAUCUAUAUGGAGCAGAGAUAAAAACUCACAGAAGAGGCCAUGAUGAGCAAUUGACGCGGUGAGGAUCAGGAGAAUGAGAAGAGCAGCAACUGGGGGGAUGAUCAAAGAGGAGAGCCCAAUGAUCGCGCUACUCCAGAGCAAACUCUGUAAGGUUGUUUACCAACUGAAGUUUACACAAAGAGGCGAGCCUAAUGUUGAGAGAUUCAGGGGAUUGAACAUGACUAUAAGUUGACGAGACUAAAUAAACAGGGGACGCGUUGGGUUUGAACAUGACAGGUAUGGUGCCACGUACGGGGAUUCAGUCAACUAAAUAUUCAGAGAGAAGAGCAGCACAAGAUAUUCCAAAAUACAGCCACAUCAAGUGCCUGACAGACAACAUGUUCAUUUUUCGUGCUAUACUACAAAAGCUAUUUCUCAGUGUCAAUUAUUCUCUAAGAUUAAUGAUUUUGGACAUAGUUAAGGCACCAUUAGAAAAUAGCCAUGGUGAAGACACAGAGUUUGGUUAACCUGUAUGAUUCUUCGGGUUUGCUUGGUAUUUUUAUGUCUAAUGUUGUAAAUCGACGACGCAUCCUUCCUUGUAGGAGAAGAUUUGCUGAGAUAGACGGGAUGUAGAAGAUUCAUGGUGCUUUCUUCGUCUUGUCCCAGGAAAUCGGCGAGGCAUGGCAGCUGGGCCUUUGCUAUGCUCACUAAGCGUGAUUCUGAUGCCGUGAAGCGACAAGUAUGGCCUGACAUUGGUGGGGGCUUUGUUCAGAGAAGAAGCUCCUUCUGGGGCUUUGCGUUGCGGGAUUCCAUAAUCAGCUCAGCUCUGAACAAACAACAAGUUGAGCGAACAAUCAAUUCGACGUGGUAUGAUUGUUCUACUCAAAACUCUGAAUUUAAACCAGAGCCGAAAAGUUAGCUCUGAGACUCUGAAACUUUCAGACUUGAUGGGUGAGCUCUGAAACUUAUUACACCCAAGGCAAUUGUGAUUGAUGCUAUCUAUAGUAAGCGUUUAUUUUUAACAUGCAUAAUGCCCUCAGACAUCCAUGUCAUCAUUUGUUUUUGUUGGUGUUUUUCUUUUCCUGAAAAG